UUACACUUUUGGAUCUUUUCUUCUUGUUUUUCUUUUCUCUUUAUUUGUUUCCAUUGUAGACCAUGGUCUUUGCUUGGAAGAUUUUGUUAAUAACGGUAGCGUUUGCUGUCGUUGUUCAGUCUUCAAAGUUGUACUGCAUUAGUCAUGGGAAUUCUCGAUUGAAUGUCGAGAAAUGUACAACUUCGAAAAACCGACAAGUAUCAGCAGCAGCACUGACAAACAAUUCAGUAACAACGACUGUUCAAAACAACUUAACAUUUGACUUGAUUUGUAAAUCAGAUCCUUUAACAUGUGAAGGCGUCAGUACAACAUUUUCGAAAGCAACAGAAAUCAUUUCCUCUGUGUUUCAAUUCGAAACACCCUUAUUGAUCAAUGCAUCAUUUGUCGACUUUUGCCAAGAGUACGGAGAUUGUACUAACGACAAACGAUUGGUGUAUAUCGGGAAAGCACAUCCUUCGAUCUCCUACGUAAUGGUAGACACAUCAGACAACAUGACGAGAAUGUACCCUCAACCAUUAUUGAAGCAAUUCACAGAUUUAAAAAUAAGACCCGCUUGGACGUUAUACGACAUCAAUGCUCAAUUUAAUUCUCAAGUGAAUUGGCGCUUUGCGAACAAUGCUAACCCUAUUAAUUCAAAUCAAACUGACUUUUUGAGAAAUGUAUUACACGAAUUAAUUCAUGGGCUUGGUUUUAUGGUUUCUUGGUCAGACGAACUUUAUAAAGGAUUGUCACCUUUAUUUCAACAAGAUUUAGAUCCUUUCAUCACCCCUGAAUUACUAGCACUAACCGCAAAUGAACAGCUAUUAAACGAAUACAAUUCACCACUACCGUUUUGGGGAUUUGUCGAAUAUCCUCUUGAUAAAUAUCUUGGUUAUAAGGAGAGUGGCAAUUUUCACUCUUAUACUUCAAUCACUAGCCAAUUAAACCAGUUUUAUGACUCGAACGUCUUAUUUCGAAAUAUAGUUGAUAUGGCUAAUAGCUGGUACGAAUCCAGUUCAUAUAAUAUUGCCAAACAAGUGUAUGCGAGAUCUGUAUCCCAGCAAGAUGUCUUGGCAGUAAUUCAAGGAGAAGUUGUUGUUACGCUCGAGUCCUCAGUGAAACCCUUUUUAUCGGGAGCAUCUUUGUGUCACGUUGAUCAAUCGUCUUACUUAAACUCGUCGGAUUAUCUCAUGGUUUACACAGCCAAUCGUGGUGUUGGAAUCGUCGAAUUGGAUCAACUUUUUCCAGACGGCCCUUUUGGCCCGAAAUUAAAAAGGGUAAUGGGUGCUUUGGGCUAUAACAUCAAAGCAGUAAAAACUAUCCGACCGACGUUGCGAUACUGGAGUCCACCAAAUGGUCUUGUCGAUUCUAAUUCUAAUCCAAACCCUUCAUUGACAAUUAACAUUAACGGUCCUGCUAAAACACCUACUGUAUCCUCCUCUACCUCAAACUCUCCUGUAUCUACUUCAUCUGCAUCAUUUACUACUAUAUAUCCCCAUAAUCACUUUCUUCGUUACACUAUUCAUCUUGUACUUUUAACAUCACUUCUAUUAUCCCUCUAAAAACUUAUCUAUUAAUUUGUAACAUAUCCAUGACUGUAAACCUUAAUAAAAUUGUGUACCCAGCAUUCGAAC